GGGCGUGGUCUGGGGCUGGUGGAGGUGGCCCUGGGCCGGGACAGUGUCGCCAAUGUCCCCAACGGGGCCCUCGGAGUGGCCUUCUACCUGCUGCAGGGGCUGCUGGGCUCGUUCCCGGGACGGGCGGCGUCGGCGGCGCUGUUGGGGACAGCGGUGGCCUCGUUGGUGGCCUCGCUGUGGCUGGCGGGAGUGCUGGCCUUCGGCCUCAGGGACAUCUGUGUCAUCUGUGUCACCACCUACAUCCUCAACGCCCUCCUCUUCCUCCUGGCCUGCCGCCGCUGGAGGGGGCUCCCGCGACCCAAAACCGCCUGA